AUGGCACCCUCUCGCCAGCCACAACCAGCACCAGCAACUUCCUCACGGAGCAACCCACAAGAGCCAGCAAAUGACACCAAGUCAAAAAAGAAACGGGUUGAGCCGAUAUCUUCUCUUGCCCCACGGAGACCGGACGAGAUUGAGGAGGCGGAAUCAGUAGUACCAACACCCAAACCGAAACUUACGAGAGUUGAAUCAUCGGACGAAGAGGACCAAGAAGGGGACGACGAUGAUGUGGAAAGCGUCUAUUUAUCAGACGACGAAAGAAGCGACGAUCAGGACACGACGUCGGAAGAAGACUCGGAUGAUUCCGACGACAGCGUGGAAUCAUUACCACCUCGACAGUUGACAAGACGUUCAACUGGACGCGCCGUAAAACAUCCAUCACCCUCCUCGCCAUUCACAGUUGUCCAGACUCGAUCUGAGACCACACACUGGAUAACCACACAGCAACCCCAAGGAAACAACAGAGCCGUAACUCGCGGCACCAGAACCAUUCAACAGCAAACUACUAUGCACGGCCAAAAUCUCAAUACCCAACAACAAAGACGGUCGAGCGGGAAUAGCCUCAGGCUCAACAUGAGCAUCGAUGUCAACAUGUCUUUCAGUGGCCUCGUUACGGGCCGCAAUCUGUCAUUCGCUGGGAUCCAGGGACAACUGUCCUACGGUUGGAGUCGCCGCAACACACAGGGAAGUUGA